AUGAGGGGUUGGACGGUGCCAUUGUGCUGGGUUGCUGGAGAUGCCCCAGGCACAAGUGUCAAUAUAGAAGGCGCUGCCUUGGGUUGCUCAGGCGUCGUCUCGAGUCGUUUGGUCGCUAUCUCGGGUUGCUCAAGCACUAUCUCGGGUCGCUUGGGCGCCGUCUCGGGCGUUAUCUCGGGUCGCUCAGGCGCCUCCUCGGGUUGCUUGGGCACCAUCCCGGGUCGCUUGAGCGUCAUCCCGGGUUGCUCGAACGUCAUUUCGGGUCGCUCGAGCGCCAUCUUGGGUCUCUCGGACGCCAUCUUGGGUCGCUCGGGCGAUGUCUCGGGUCACUCCUCCCAAGAGGGCGAGGUUUGA